UAUCGGUUGAAAUCUGCAAGUCGGGUUCUUCGUCCCAACAUUUAAAGCUUUCUUCCUUCCAUUUCGUUUUUCAACUUCCAUUACAUCCGCCUCACUGCUCCUCUUCACUCCUCAGCAAAACGCUCUGCUUCAAUGCGAUAACACUGACCCUAAAGAGAGUUUGCAAAAAUCAUUAUCAAAAUGUCUUUGCAAAAGCGAUCCUCUCCGACUAAGAGCCCGCUUCCUCCUUCGACUCAAAAUCUCAAGCAACGAGUCAUAGCGUGCCUCAAUAAACUUGCCGACCGGGACACGCUGUCCUUAGCCACGGCCGAGCUGGAGUCCAUCGCCAAAACUUUAACUCAAGAGUCGUUCUCCUCGUUUCUCAGCUGCCUACAGAACACUGACUCGUCUUGCAAGUCUCCGGUUCGGAAACAAUGCGUGAACUUACUGACUUUGCUUUCCCAGACACAUGGAAACUCUCUCUCGCCGCAUCUCUCCAAAAUGAUCGCCACUGUCGUUCGCCGGUUACGGGACCCCGAUUCGUCCGUGAGAUCGGCAUGCAUUGUGGCAACGACUGCCAUGUCAUCACACAUCACGAAGCCGUCGUUUUCGGUGGUGUCGAGACCGUUGAUUGAAUUGGUACUAGUAGAGCAGGACGUGAACUCGCAGGUCGGUGGGGCGAUGUGUUUAUCGGCGGCGAUAGAGGCGGCUGCGAAUCCGGAAGUCGAGCAGUUGAGGAAGCUUUUGCCUAGACUGGGGAAGGUGGUGAAGAGCGAGGGGUCUAAAACGAAAGCUGCGGUCUUGGGAGUGAUUGGAAGUGUUGUUGAAGUCGGAGGAGCGAGAAAUAAGGGAGUAUUGGACUGGUUAGUGCCGUUUGUUCGCGAGUUUUUGACAUGUGAUGAUUGGGCCACCAGAAAGGCCGCCGCCGAGGUGUUGGGGAAGGUGGCUUCCGUUGAGCAGGACUUAGCCUCAGAGUAUAAAAACGCAUCUUUGGCGGCUCUGGAAAGUAGAAGAUUUGACAAGAUAAAGCUUGUUCGAGAGACUAUGAAACGUACAUUGGAGCUGUGGCAGGAGGUUCCUGGUGAUUGUGACGAGCUCCCGGCUCUGUCUGAUUCUAAAUCUUCUUCAGCAGAUAAUGGUAGUGACGGAUGGUUUCCUUCUAUCACCAAAGGUUUUCAAGAUGCUGGUUUUAAAACUCCACCACCAAAGAAAAUGGUUCCCACUAGUUGUUCCCCUUCAUCAGAUAGUUCAUAUGGGACCACUGCCAAAAAUGAAAUCACUUUGAGAAGUAAGUCAAGAACAGAUGAUAGAAAACCCCCUGAUUGGAAAGUUGAAAUUGCAGUACCACGCUCAGCUUCCAAGGUGACCUGUGCAGAUGAUGAUGAUCCUAAACUAGGAGAGAAGGGAAAUAAUGUGAACUCUCGGCCAGAAACCAAACGUGUGCUCUUCAGCAAAAUCCACAGUGACAAAGUUUGUAAAUUUAGUAGUUUCAGAUCGGGGUCUAGGGUGGUCCCAUGUCCUGAUGAUGAGAAUUCAGAUUUUGUAGCCAGCAAUGGUACUGAAGAAGUUUGUGACGACCCAAAAGAUGCUGAGGAUCUCUCUUUGAUCCGUCAACAACUUCUUCAGAUUGAAAACCAGCAGUCCAGUCUUUUGGACCUUCUUCAGAGAUUCAUUGGGAGCUCCCAGUGUGGGUUGAAUUCUCUAGAGACCCGUGUCGAUGGCCUGGAGAUGGCUCUGGAUGAAAUCUCAUAUGAUCUGGCAUUAUCAAAUGGAAGGAUCCCAAACAAAGAGUAUGCAGAAAACAUAUGCUGCAAAUUGCCUGGCACAGAAUUCUUGAGUUCCAAGUUUUGGCGGAGGACAGAAGGUCAGUUUUCUACCUCGAGGUUGUCUUCAUCUGGGAAUAUGGAAUGCUUCCGUGCCAUAAAUGCCACAGCUGAUACUGAAACAUACAACAUAGAUAACCAAAAAUUACAGCACCCAUAUGGAGGUGGAUACAUUUUGAACUCAUUGUCAGAUGUUCAUGACUCUGGGUUACAGUCAAAUAGAACUUUGAAGAACAUCAUCCAAAAGUCUGACAGGUCGCAAGCUUGCAGCAUUGGUGGCCCUGAUGGGCCUUCUCCAUCUUCUGUUUCUAAAAAUCAAGUGAUUAUAAAUAGGAGAUUAUCUACAUAAGUGGAAUGGAAGUUUUUUUUCAAUACUCAGUUAAGCAGAGGCAAGACAUCAGGAGUCGAGUAAAGAUUGAGAAUGGCAUGAAAGUGGAGCAGUAAAAACUAGAAAGGAUACAAAAAAGAAGCCAACCUUGUGAAAUCAGGCUCUGAGGUGCAUGUGUGUAAAGUGUCUCAUAUGAUUCAACCUUUUGGUUAAAAUUAUAUACACGGUAAGAUGUAGUAUUUAAGAUCCUUCUCUUAGAGGCAUAAAUUUCUUUGAAGUGAAAGUCUACCAAAUAUUAUUAUUCUAGAAUUAAAUUCUUGUUAAGUUAUUGCAAUUGCUUAAAGAAAUGUUUGUCUUUGUACAUAAUUAAAUUUCACACAAAAUUUUGGCUUGUCAUUCA